UGUGGAUGCUGUGCCGCCUGCUGCUGCGGAAGCAGCGGGGCAGUGAGUAGUGAAGCAGUGAACCUCCUCCCCCUGACCAGCCAGUCAGCCCAGCAGCAGCCACUGGAGCCGCACGCAGCAGCCCGUCUAUGGGACACUGUGGACUUCAGGAGCCGCGGACGCAGGACGCACACUGGUUUACGCGCCGCCUUUGUUCGUUUUAGCGCUUUGCUUUCAUUUUAAUUUUUACAUUUUCGGUCAAAGGAACUUUUUCGAGUCAUUUUUUCAUUCAGCAACUUUCACUUAUGGUUCGCGAAUAUGGGGUCAAGUUGUGGUUUCUCUCGGGGAAACAUCGUUGCGCUGCUGCUGCUGCUGCUGGAAGGAGCGACAGGGCUCUACUUCCCUCAGAAUGAGUACGUUGAAACGGUGUACGUGGGCUUACCAGCGGGGACGCCCAUCCUGCAGGUGCACGCCAUGCUGGACAGCGACAUGGAGCGGCCUCACUUCCACCUGUGCUGGAUUAGCUCUCUCAGACGUCCCGCCUACACCUCCUGGUUCCAAAUGGACGUCCACACUGGAAUACUUUCCCUGAACAAAACCCUGGAGGAGAGCGACUUCGCCAUGCUGUAUCAAAUGCCAUGGUCUGUGAAGAAGUUAGUCCUCCAUGCCAUGGUUUUACCUGACUUCUCUAAGAGGUCCCUGUGCAUCACCAAGAACUCCCCUCGGAUCACCCUGGACUUCGUUAACGUCUCGAUGCCUCGGUGUGCUCAGACAGACAUGAAGGAGCUGUGCUUCCCUCACAGGGACGUCUCUAGCCCGCACAUCAUGGAAAACAGGUUCCCCGGGCCCUUGCGGCAGCUUCGACGUCUCACAAGACUAAACAUCUGCCCCAACUACACCAUCACUUAUAACGUGGAGUCAGAUACCCCGGCACCGUUUGCCGUCAACGAGAACACCACGGAGCUGGUGGUGACCGCUCCGUUGGACCGGGAGGAGAGCGAGUUCUACCGGCUCCUGCUGGUUUGCACAGUCCGAACGGAGACGGUCAUCACCAAGGUGGAGACUUCACUGGACGUUUUUGUCAACGACGAGGACGAUAACGCGCCGUACGUGAACGGAACGGACACAGCUGAUAUUAUCAUCAGCUUCAACCGGACCAAGGGUGGAUCUUUUGGCACCUUGUUCGUCUUUGACAGGGAUUUAACCCCCAUCUUCCCCAUAGACCAGAGUCACAAUAAGUACGUGGGGACUCUGAACAACAGUGACCCGUGGAUAAAGGAAACAUUUGACAUAAAAGACACCUUCAGUGAAAAGAAAGCAGCUCCCGGAGGCAUCCGAGAGACCGUUCACGAAUACCAGCUAGUCCUGAAGAGGAACCUUUACGUGACGGAGAAUCGCACCCUCCUCCUGGACUACCGGGUCAACGACACCACCUACCCCGGACAAGAGGGGACGGUGCUGCUGCACUUCAACGUCACCAUCUUACCGGUCCACAUCAGCUUCGCCAACAUCACACACACGUUCACGCUGGCACGCAGAGCUUCUGUCUACGCACAGGUUGGCAGGGUUUGUGUUGAAAACUGUCAGCAGUUCGACGGCUUCAGUGUCACGUACCGACUGGAGGUACCGGAUAAGAACAUGUCUGCUGACUCGCUGUCCUGCUACGCAGCCAUAAGCAUCACCCAGGGCCCAGAUGAGAUGUGGGGGCUGCUGUACGUGAACGACUCUGAGGUGCUGAGCAAGCCCGAGUGCCAGGACCUUCAGUACCUUGUUGUUGCUCAGGAGGGACACACACAGCUUGAGGCCAGCACUCAGAUCCUCAUCGUACUAGAUGGUGAAGCUAACAAGGCGAGUCAGGAGAGCCAGCAGCUCCUGUCCUGUGCAGAGAACAGACAGCGUGGAGACUGUGAGUCUGCCCGGGGCCUGGGGGCAACGACAGGUAGAUGCCAGUGGAGGCGAGGCACUGAGAAAGGGAUAUCUGAAAAUUAUUCAACGUGCUCCCCUGACCUGAGGACAUGUCCAGACAGUGUUUGCGACGCAGUGGAGAGCAAAGACAUAUCACUCUGCCCGCAAGACUGCACAACCGAGCCCGUCAUCGGAGGCCACGAACGAGGCUUGAGUGGGAACGGGAUUAAGGCCUGCUUCGGCACCUGCUACUGCUUCUCUGAUAAAUGCUUCUGUGAGAAGGACGACAUUGAGGAGGCCAUAUGCGACGACAUGUGCAAGACCAUCAUUGCCACGGCUCUGCUACUCUCCUUCAUCGUGUCCAUCCUCCUGUCCUCAUACUUCAUCCACCGGUACCACAAGAACUCACCCAAGCCCCCGAUAGCGUCAGCUGAGAUGACUUUCCGCCGACCAGCUCCGGCCUAUCCCAUCAGCUUCCCUGCGAACAACUUGCGCCGCGGCUCGCAGGAAUCCAUCGAGACUGACACGUUCAAAAUACCUGAGGAUCCAAAGUGGGAGUUUCCUCGUAAAAACCUUGUUCUCGGCAAGACUUUAGGAGAAGGAGAGUUUGGGAAAGUUGUCAAGGCGACGGCAUUCAGGCUGAAAGGAAAAGCUGGAUACACCACUGUGGCUGUGAAAAUGCUUAAAGAAAACGCUUCACAUAGCGAGCUGCGUGACCUGCUGUCAGAAUUCACUUUACUGAAGCAAGUCAACCAUCCUCACGUCAUAAAGAUGUAUGGAGCAUGCAGCCAGGAGGGUCCAUUGUAUCUCAUCGUUGAGUACGCCAAGUAUGGGUCACUCCGUAAUUUCCUGCGAGAGAGCCGGAAAGUUGGCCCGAGCUACAUGGGCAGGGAUGCCAACAGAAACUCCAGCUACCUGGAGAACCCAGACGACAGGGCACUCACCAUGGGGGACCUGAUCUCCUUUGCGUGGCAGAUCUCCAGAGGCAUGCAAUACCUGGCAGAAAUGAAGCUCGUUCACAGGGACCUCGCAGCACGAAAUGUCCUCGUGGCCGAAGGACGGAAGAUGAAGAUCUCCGACUUUGGCCUUUCCAGAGACGUCUACGAAGAGGAUUCCUAUGUUAAGAGGAGCAAGGGCCGUAUACCUGUGAAAUGGAUGGCAAUAGAGUCGCUGUUCGAUCACAUCUACACAACGCAAAGUGACGUCUGGUCCUUUGGUGUGCUGUUGUGGGAAAUAGUGACUCUGGGAGGAAACCCGUACCCAGGCAUCGCUCCUGAGCGCCUGUUUAACCUCCUCAAGACUGGCUACCGGAUGGAGAGACCAGAAAACUGCUCGGAGGAAAUGUACAACCUCAUGCUCCGAUGCUGGAAGCAGGAAUCUGACAAGAGGCCGACAUUCUCAGACAUCAGCAAAGAACUGGAAAAGAUGAUGGUGAAAAGUCGGGAUUACCUGGACCUGGCGGCGUCCACGCCGGCCGAUGCCCUGCUGUACGACGACGCCCUCUCUGAAGAGGACACACCACUAGUGGACUGUAAUAACGCCCCUCUCCCUCGAACCCUCCCCUCCACAUGGAUUGAAAACAAGCUCUAUGGCAUGUCAUACCCGAACUGGCCUGAGAAGAGCCCGGUACCGCUCAACAGACAUGAUGCCACUAAUCCAGUCUUUACAAGAUAUGCCAAUGAUAGUGUUUAUGCAAACUGGAUGGCUUUGCCCUCACCCGCAAAAGCCGUGGACAAGCUCGAUAGCUAAAGACAAACCGACACUGUAGAAAAGAUGACUAAUUGGUAGAUGUGUAUAUUUCUGUAAGACUGUACAUAAACAAUCUGAUGCUAAAGUUGGUUCCCUUUUAUUUCUGUUGCACGGGUAUUCAACUUUUAAAACUGGGGUCUUUUUUUUUCUUUCGUUUGUUUGUUUUUCUUGCUGCAAAACCUGCCGGAUCAACAUAAACCAUGCUUCAUCCAGCUCUUCAGUAUGUUAAUUAAUACCUCAUGGGUCAUGUCGGCCAAAUUGUAUCACUGCAUGACUGUUGUACCAGAUUGUAUGUCAGUGUCAAUUGUCUUUUAAGUGCCUGUGCCGCUUCUACAAUAGCCUCCAAACUGUUAAAUGUGCGACUGUGAAGAAGAUGUGGUUCCAGCCCAGGAAUUAAAAGGGGACGUCUUUACCAUCACCUGUUGUAGACAGCUGGGGAUGGAGUGGACAAACGAGCAAAAUGCUGAAGUUGUUCUGAAAAUGUAAAAUUUUCUACUUUAGAGGAUUACGCUCCUCAAAAUGUCAAAGACCCAUUUUGUGUUCCUCCUGCGAGUUUUGAAAGCUGUCAUUGCCAAAGAGAAGUAACGCAGACAUGUUCAGCGAACGGUUUUCUAGCUUUUCUUCUUGUUUUAUCCUAUUUCUUCUUGUUAUUUUUCUACACACACACACACAAAAAAAAUAAAUAAAUAUAUCAUCGCGCUACUCUGGUGUGAAGAAACGAGGCUUUAUGUAGAUAGUGACCGCGUCCAGUGUCAGACUACAGUCCACACUUUCAUUCACUGUCAAGGCAAUCUUUGUGGAAAAAGUAUGAUUAUGUAAACCAAUGAGUGUUAUCACUGUUAUGUUGAUAUUAUUUGAUUAUGUCCCAAUUAAUAAAAAAUAAAAAAGUAAAGUGCAGUUUGUCUUUUCAGCUCUCUACAAUAUGUGAAGUGAAAUUCUGUUUGUGACUGAUUUAACAUUGAUGCCGAUACUUAUGAAGGAAAAAUGUACAAAUUAUACUCGGCUGAACACGUAAAUUGUUAUUUUUAUAGUAUUACAAUAUCACUGUCAGCCUCUGUGCUCUUACUGAAAUGAUUAAUCCAUUACGCACUAAUUAUUGGGAGUAUUGUCUUCUAAAUUAUCAUUAAAGCUAUAAGGUUGUGGUCUUGGGAGCUUCUUUCUACCAAUGUCUUUUCUGUUUUCCUCUGUUCCACAUUCACUGUCAGCGAAUAAGAAAGAGCAAAUGUUUCAGGAUUUUAUAUUAUAAGAAUAGCAAGUUCACUUUGUUGGUUACAAUAUGAAGCACUGGGAUAUAUUUUGAAUAAAAAUGUUGGAAAGUCUA